UUGUUCUGUGACCAUCCGUCUAUUGUUCUGUGACCAUCCGUCUAUUGUUCUAUUUUCAUAUUGAUAUCUGUUUGGCCAAAUUUGGCCGAACUUUUAAGUUGAUUUGGCUGAAUAGUCUGGUAAUGAUCUAUCAACUCUGGGUAGACAAGAACUAUUGCGACAAGUUUCACGCUUUUCUUCCUUUUCCCUCUACAUCAAAGAGCAUCAAAGAGAUGAUUUUCUGUAUCUGGUUAACAAGAGGAGUUUUGAUGUGACUGAUUGCCUAUUGAUAGAUGCGAUGAUCGCUGUGAUAUGAAUGAUUGUGUAUUGAUAGACAUGGUGAUUGCUGGUGAUAUGACUGAUUGCCUAUUGAUAGACGCGAUGAUCGCUGUGAUAUGACUGAUUGCCUAUUGAUAGACAUGGUAGUCGCUUGUGAUAAGGUGCUAGUUUCGGAUGUGUGAGCUUUGGCUCGUUUCGUACCAAAGAAUAUCCUCUCAUAUCACCACUCAUAGGUUUUUUAAAUUCAUUUCUCAAGCCAGGAUUAUCAUUUAAUUAGGAUAGCAAGUGACUUACACAUUUGCCAAGCAAAAAGCUUGUUUUAUCCCAGCAUUAGCAAGGUGUUUCUCGCAGAUGUUUCUUUCCGCUAGCAUUAGGUGCAUGGACCAUGGGAAACAGUGAAGGUGUGCAGACAACUGUGUUUGUAUCCUCCGUCUGUAUCUGUGAUCCUUACUUUGGACGCCGCCAUAAUUGUCAAAAUAUUUGCAAUUUAUAAUAUGCGUUGCAAUGUUCACGCCCAAUGUGCUUUUUUGAUAUUUUGUGAGCUUUUUGUUGCGUUUUGAACAUCGAACCCUUAUUUUUAGGCCAACACACGUGAACAUAACAACGUGAAUUUUUCCUUCGUCUCUUUUUCUUGGUCUCCGCUACAAGUAAUCAUUCCAGUUUAAUUGUCUAGAAAAAAAACUCGAUCUUGCUGGCGAUGAAUGGUAAUUCAUUAAAUCUCUUUGAAGCAAGAAUACAAAGCCAUUGGGACCAAAGCUUUUUUUAUUAAAUUUUUGUUUCUAGUACUUUGGUUCAUGUAUUUAGAAUCUUAUGAUAAGCAUUUUCAGCUUACAUAUAAUUCAUUGCAUCACAGGUUUCUUGAUAUACAACCGUUUAACUGCAAAAUAAUAUCUUGCGCUCAAUUUGGCUGAUUGACUGUACAUAAGGAUACUAUUUGCUAUAAAUAAGGGUUUAAGUUUGCCAAUGGUACAAUCUUCACUUAAACACAAAGAUUUCCUUAGUUGCUUUCAUUGCCGAAUCAGUUUUCGAUGCCGUUGUUGCCUAUUAAAGCCUGGGGAAUGAAAAUAUGAAUUGUAAACAAUAUGAAUAGAAAAAAAGUAUGAUUCAUCUUAAUUGUUUAAUAUUUUAUUAAGUCAAGAGUAGUUAUGAAUAAAUAAUAAACAGUAAUGAUUAUACAUUUUUCGAAAGUGGUCAUAAUUAUGGCACUUGAAUAACAUCCUCAGCGAAUGCAAUCAUAACAAGCAUGUGGUUAGGUAGACGUUUUAAACCCUUAAACUCUUCACUUCCCACUCAUCCAUCAACUUCAAGCCCAACAUAGUUGUUUCCCUUUAGCUCUCAAUCAGUGAGUUUUAUAUUAGUAAUGAAUUUUAUCUUUGUUCAUGUCCUAAAAAUGUAUGUUUCUGAUGUUUUGUGUCAACUGUGUCAAAUCCUGGCCUACAUUACCCCCGUCGCUAAUACAUGUAGCUUAUAAUUUUCACUACAAAGAGAGUGCAGAGACAUUUUUCAACCGGGUUUACUCAUUUUACCGGGUAUUAAUGAUACCCUUUUCGCCAAAUGCGCAAUUUACUGUAUGUUUCCGGACCACACACUUCUUUCUUUCCAGGCAUUUGUCCUUUGGCGAUGUUUUUUGUCCUCAUCUACAAGCGUGCAGUAGAUUAGGAUCGAAUUUGAUUAACAGGGUGUUGGCCAAAUUCGCUGGAAUAUUAGUUCGCUGAAGAAUUCAUUCGCCAUGAGGGCGUAUAUACUCUUGUUCAGAUAAUUAUCAUUUUCCAAUUCUUCACAGUUGGUUUUUUUACAGUGGCAUAUAUAAAAGGUAAUUCAGUCAAACAAUCCUUGAAAGAAUGAAAAAUACAUAAAGAUAUUAAAAGAAAAUUUAACUUAUUUAUAUUCACAAAUAUUGAUACUAUUAAAAUGAGCAGUUUUUGCACUUGCACAUUCAACCCAUCCAAUUUUUUAUCACCUUUUUGAAGCCUGCAACAGACGGUAAGAAUUAAGGCUCCAUAGGUUGUAGCUUUCGCUCUUGGCAGCAUUAAUAGGGAACCUGAUCUAAGAUUAUAUUUCAGCUCUUUUCGCUGUAAAAAUGUUUAAAAUAAGGAAAGGGUUUUCGCACGAAAGUCACUUGUUUAUUUCAGACAUCCACUUAUGUAGAAUUUUUACGCGAACCCUACCAUAACCCAUCCUUUUUAGAGCCUUCAAUUAGUAUUCAAAAGGCUCUUUGUGAACUCUUUGUUUUCCAUUUUGCCACGCGAGUUAGAAGGGUGGGGUGAAUUUUACAUACCUCUGAGGCUAGAGAAAUAGCUGAACGCCGUCAAUAUUUACGGAGUUGCGUUGUGUAUUUAUUAAAGUUUCGAGUUUUAUUAAUUUGAAAAGCAAAACCAAAAGCAUUUGUUUUUAGCGUUUCAUUUUUUUUAAUCAUCGUAACUUAGAUUAUGUCAUUUUUCGUUUAAACUACAGCUGUUGCUUAAAGGCUUGCCCUCUCAUAUCCUAUUUGGUCAAAGCAAAACGUGCUUAUCAACGUAAAUGCGUUAUGCAGAUUCCCAUUUCAAAUAGAAUAAGGGGACGCCCUGUCGGGAGACGUGGUGGCGGUGCUACAGGCGGUUUAUUGGAAUUUUACGACAACCCACCUCCCCCCCCAAAUGGCAUAAGUUGGGGUUUAUCUCGGUAGAUUCGGCAUUAAUGACUGAUUUUGCCACCAAUUACAUUGUUGUUAGAUUGUGAUGUUUUUUGCCUAGAAUGAAAAAUUUAUCACUGACAGCUGUGUGAAGGUAUUGAGAAAAUAAAAACCAAAAUUGCACGAGGGGUGAGGUCUAAGUUUUAGAAGCAACAGUGACAUGUGUGAAGGUAGUUUUGACUUGCUUUGUCUGUUUGCAUGCAUGCCGUCAGGGGGGGGGGGGGCGUUGUGUGCCAUCAAGAAAAGUCGUUGCUUACAACGUAGUUACAUCAAGGCUGUGUGGCGGGAAUUAUUGGGGCUGGAGAGAGCUAGUGUGACCAGCACGAAAGGGACUACCUCAUUCCAAAUUGCAAGAGUAUUAAGCGACAUGCGUUCUGGAAUGUCUAGUAGGAAAAGUAUUUCAUCACGAUCGGUUGUCUCUUUAUAGAUGUGUCGAUUGCCAGCAUUGGCUGUCUUUCAUAAAAGUAAUAAAAGUUUGGUUUCAAACAUUAUUUCUAGUGUUUAGGCCUCCCAAUGGUAACCUAUUGUAUCUAAUUACAUAUCAGAAAAUUGCUGGCAAAAGCAAGUCUCUCUCCCCCUCCCCUCCUUUACAAAGGGAUGAAUUUUAUGUCCAGCAUUUUUAGAAUUCAAGCAUUGAAGUUUCUAAACCGUCGAUAAAUGUUGAUUGAUAUUACACAUGAAUUGUGAAUGCUGCAAAUCAUUGGUGCUAAUUAGGAGUGUGUGUGUGUGUGUGUUGGGGGGAAGGGGGGUUGCUGCGAUAAUACUGCUAACAUGUCAGUUCCAGACUAAAUUGUGAUUUGAAAAGCUGGUCCUCUCUAUCGCCCCGGGACUCGAUGAGACCAUGAUAUGCAAAAGAAAAUGUCACCCUUUAAGUUAGCCCCAAACUUUUCUAUUAAACGUUUCGUUUGCCCCCUGAAUUGGGAGCCUCAAUAAGUAUUCAUCAGAGUUAUUAUGUCGAAAUGAAGUAUUCAAAUGUAGAACAUCCUUAGAGCCGAUUUAAUUUAGUUUUCGCUUUGCAUGCACAUUGUUUUAAGCUGUUUAUUACCUAGUGCAUUUAAGAUUGUACUCACUUUAUGGACAUCACUCUUUAGAUAACAGUAGGAAUAUCGUAGGAAAAGUCAAUUAACAACCGAAUUGUCUGCUUAUGAUGUCUCAAGGAGGCUGCCAGAGCUCAGUCCCUUUCCCAAAUGGGGCAGAAUUUAAAGCAUUUUUGCAAUCUAAUUUAUUCUCUCUAAAGCAAAUCCUUCCUUGCUUUCACAGAUCAGAGAUUUGCCUCCCCGCGAAGGUUAACAUAAUCCGUUAAGGGAACUCAGCCCAUACAUUCCUUCCCUAGCGCCAGCCCAGGGAGAGGCAUCUGCUAACUCAAAUAUACACGCUAAACAUUUAUGUUAACUCAUGACAUAAAACAUUCCCUUUCCUUCUUUCUGAUGGGUUGGCAAAUUUUUAAAACAAUUUUCAUGAGUAUAAGUAUCUUGAUUACAUAGUCUUAAGUUUCCCGUCUAUUUUAUACUCCAUACUUUGUUCCAUAUUUUAAACAUUUCUCUAAUGUCAAUGACUAUUUGCUUAUGUAUGGUCAUAUAUAUUUAUAUAUAUAUAUCAUAGUGCCUUGUUAGCUUGUUCAUUUCCCUAAAAAAAUUGAAUAAGAAAACUCAUAGAACGGUGAGAUUCAUUGGACGAUAUAUCUCUACAUUUUAAAGAACAAAUGUGUAAUCUCUAUUCUUUUACUCAUCAAAGCAUUUGUUUGCAAAACGCGCCCCGCUGACAGCUGUGACCCUAGCCAUAGUAUUACAUCACUCGUCCCCAGGCCACACAGCCGGUUUAGUCGUAUUUACAGCAAAAACCUAGAGCUUUUUACUAAGAACUCUGAAAUAUCUACCCCGUCUUUUCUCCACUCCUGACUAGACGAAGCAUUUGUGUCAGGUGACGUGCAAAGUGUUUCCUUAAAUUUGACUCGGCAUAAAUGCCAUCAGUUAACUAGAAUAGAAAAUUCACUUAAUCAAUGAAGAGAGCACAUCACCGCUUUUGACGUCGCUUUGGGAAAUGAUACGGAAGCAAAGGCGGUUUUAUAACAGCAAUCAAAAGUGCGCAAGGCGUUUUGUUAAAGACCCAACCAUCUUGUGCAUACUGCAUUGUUCUGAAAACAAUGGCUCGAAAACUCUGCUCGCAUCACGCAGAUAGCUAGAUUAAGUUUUUUGAAAUGUUAGACUUUACGUGAAUAAUUGAUGAAGUUUUAUUAUAAGCAGAAGGACAUAUGGUGAAUUUUAUUAAAUUCCAUCAAAUAUAGGUGCUUUAAGUUGAUCGUAUAAGGAUGUGUACAUUGAGAUCAGGAAAUGCGCGUCUGCAAACGUCGAGCUGUUAGCAUAAGGCCUUUUCCUUACCGAUCUCUGAAGAAAUAACUCUGAGAGCAAACGUUCUUCGAACACAACCAAAGCUAUUUCUCUAUCGCUGGAAAAACGAUACAGUGUGGGUACAAGCAUUUUAGCUAUUUGUAGCUGACGAUAUUUUUUGCGUUCCUGACGCUUUUUUGUUUGGUUUCACCCAUACGAAGUUUCAAAGACGCCUGGCACUUCUAUAUUUGGGUUUCAACUACAACUCCUUCCACUGUUCAACUAAUAGAAUUUGGAGUUUAACCUACAAGCCAGUGGUGGAUUCGCAUAGAAGAAGACCUUCGAGUCACAGACGCCUUGCUUGUGGUAUUCGAUUCGGCAUACUCACGAAAACUGCAUUUUGUCUGCUCAUUGAAAUCCAUACCUUCAUUGCGUUUGUCAUCAUCCGCCCUUUUCUCCCAAAGAACUUUCUCGACAGUGUAAAUAUUUUUCGUGUCAUCCAUUGGCAUCCCACACCUCAAACCAAAGGUGCAAAAAGAUUGACUCAAGAUGCCAAGAGCGUUUCUUGUUAAGCGACUGGGUAACAGCAAAGAGCACGAUGAGAAAAGCGUUUCUUCAGGUCAUGUCACUGAAGACAACCAGGUGUAUUUAGAAAAAAGAAAAGUAAACCCACAAGAAUAUUGCUGCCAGUCAGAUUGCCUUGCUUACCGGGACGUCAAAGAAUUAGCACAGACACGGUACAUGGGAAAAUAUGGUGCUCGUCCUUACUUUGGUGACUUUCUAGUAACAUCGAGGGGUGUCCUGUCAGAGAAAUGUUCUCGGGAAGGUGAACUAGAAAGGUACCGGCUGCUCGAAUUCAAACAAGGAAUUACAUUAACAAAGCAUCUUUCGUCCAAACCAUGGGCUGGGCUAGGUGUCACUCAUAAUAACACGUCACACGACUCUGACGAAGACGAAGGCGAUUCAGAACUUGAAUGGCAAGCCGAUUACAACAACAACAACAGCACCUCAACUUGCAGUAGUAGUGCUAGCAGCAACAGCAACGAAAACAACAACAAUAACAGCGAAAGCCCUUUAUGUAUUGAUGAAGAGGAAGAAGAGGCAAAGUACCUAAUGAAAACUGCACCAAAUGGUUUAAUACGGCACCAUCAUCAUCAUGAUGUUGAAAGUGAAAAAUUCGGUAACAAGCCUCAGUUCCAAUGCAAUCAAUGCGAGAAAACUUUCAAGACCAAGUACACUUUAAACAUUCACCGAAAAAUGCCGUCCCACACCACAUUGAAACCCUUCGUUUGCCCAACAUGCGGCAAAGGAUUUCGAUUGUCCAGCACACUUUGCCGCCAUAAAAUAAUUCAUACCAGUCAAAGACCCCAUAGAUGUCAUGUCUGUCAGAAAUCAUUUAACAGAUCCUCGACUUUGAAGACACAUUUACGAACACACAGUAAUGUGAAAGAGUUUACUUGCAAUGUAUGUGGAAAAGGCUUUCACCAGAAAGGCAAUUUGCGGAAUCAUGUCCUUAUACAUACGGGAGAAAAGCCAUAUGAAUGCAACGUGUGCAAGAAGUCUUUCAACAAGCUUUCAAACCUGAAAUUUCAUAUGCACUCCCAUACCGAUCAAAAGCCAUACAGAUGUCGAUACUGCAAACGGUCGUUUAGCAAGCGCGGAGAACUGAAACAGCAUAUUUCUCAUUGUAAAAAUGACUCAAAUGAAGAUUAAUUUAUUGUAUCAGAAAUGUAAAUGCGAAAAAGUUCAUGGUAUUUUAUUUACUAAACGAUGCUACAUACACCGUGAAAAUAAGAAAGUUUUACUGAUUAGUUUUAAAUAAAAGUCUAAAAGAUUCUGAGAUGUAUCAUUGCUGAAUUGUUGAAUAGCUGAAAAUUUCUACUUUUGAAUUUCCAAUAACAACUUCACCAGAAGACCAAGUCUCAGGCGCUGAUUCCUUUUAAGCUUAUGGUGGGUAGUUCCCAGUCUCUUGCAACGUAUAAAGAUUAAAUGGAGAAGUUUCACUGUGACAUUCAAGUCGAUUUGGAGAAAAAUCAAGUUCUUUGAUUUAUUAAUAGACUUUUGUACAUACCAUUUUCAGCUGGUUACCCAGGUGAUGUUCAGAAAAAUUAGCAGUCUCUUGAUGCCAAAAGAGUUUAAGUACCCGCUUUCUGACCAGGCCUUGAUUUGGCUGUUUUCAGAGAAAAAGUUUUCAUAUUUAUAUAAUUGGCUGGUGGGGGCAGUUGGCUGGUCACAGACCCUGUUCUCAUGAUCCACUAUUUAUUUAAUACAAUUCAAAUUUUUUUGCAUCCAAGAAAUAAAAUUUAAUGUUUUGAAUCAAGUAAAAUGAUGCAUUGAUAUUUUCUCUGAUUCUAAUAUUUUUCCUGAGCUAAGCUCCAAGCGUAAAUAUUUAGUAAAUAUAAUUUAAAAGACAGUGAAUAUGAUUGAAAUGUUGUUAGUAUGUAUGAGAAUCAAGAGAAACUGUUAAAUCGACAUUGUAUGCUGUAGCCUGUACCUUUAUUUAAAGAUUAGCAUAUUAAAAUCAACCAGAGUUUUAUACAUCAAUUUGCUUUUGUCUUGUGAUUCAGCCAUUCUUCCUUUAUCCUGUGGUUUCUUUGAUUGCUCUUUGCCCGGCUCACGGUUAAAUGAAUGGUUUUCGGCCCUGAAACGAAAGAUUUGCUUUGCUAAAAUGCAUGUAAGCGAGAUUUGCUUUGCUAAGAACAGAUUCUUUCUGCUGCCUGCCUGUUGAUAAACCCGUUUCACUUAUUUAUUCUUCUCGUUUCGCAAGGCCUAGUGGAUCCAUAGCUGGACCAGAAACCAAAGACCUGUAUAAAAAAACAGGUAAAUGCCUACGAUUUGGUGCCUUGACCCUAAGCUUUAGACGAGGCCUGACUGGCCGGCCAUGAUAAUCACCGGGAGAAUGGCUUUAUUGUCAUCAAUUGAAAAGAGCAAUUUGUUUCGUUAACUUUAAAAUCAUAUUUACUAAAUAUUGAUUCCAAUUAUAAAGCACGUAAUUGAGUUCAAACUGAUCUUUCAGGAAAUUCUUUUCAAGCAAGGAAGAUAAUGUAAUGAAAAUCAAAACAAAAUUUAUCUUUAGUUAGGAUUUACUCAGCACCUUACUUUGAUGUCAAGCUUUCCACUUCAUAGCAAGAAGAAACAUUAUGAUUUAAUCAAGAAAUUUUGUUCAUUCCAAGUUUAGUGUUGAUGUUUUCUGCAGUGCAUGCUAUUCUUGCGACCAUUACCCAUUGGAAUGUGACAUUGUUGCAUAAAAGUCGAUUUAUCCAAUCACCCGCCACCAACUUUCUAGAACGACGAGUUACCAACAGAAAUGAUCAAAAGAACAAGGUGCAAGGUUGUAAGUCAAAUUGGAUAAAAUUUUUGAGAUCUGUUCGAAUAAACCUUGCCUGAUUUAGCAAAGAUUCGCCAUAAGGCACUACUGCUGGAACACUUUGGCAGUGAUUAAAAGGAGAGCAUUAAUAAGAAUGAAGGCACCAAGGCAGUAUAUGCAGAAGAUUCUUCUUACACAGACAAGGUUCUGCAUUUUGAAAGCUGUAUGCUUUUUACUAAUUUUCAUGUCAAAGUCUUGAAAAACUUGAUUUGCAUCAUAUAACCUCCUGAUCCCUUGUGAUAAAGCAAAAUCGCCUAUUUUGUCAAAAUUUUAUUUAGAACGAGGCCUACCAUCUAGAACUUGAAUGUGGCUGUAUUGUGUGCUAAAACCUAAAGGCCUAGAAUUAAUUGUUUGCAUUUCCCUCUGACAAUAAUUGUGCAUCAAGCAAUGGCAUUUCCACGUGUUCAGCCCCCGUUGAUAAUGGACCCUGUCUCGAGAGAGCUGCUCAUAUGCUUGCCAACCGUCACAUGGGAUUAGACGGCAGUCGAUUUAAUACGGUUGUAGUCUAUUGAAGCAAAUUUGAAUUGGUCAUGUCUUUUUGAAAAUGUAUGGCCUUUUUGCAGAGCUACUAGAAAUUGUCGAUCAGGUGCCUCACGAAAGGUUAAAAGCUGGUGAGCCUUUGUAAGUUUUAUAUCUAAUUAGUUAUCAAGUGUGCAGCAGUAUGACUAAAGACAAUAGCUUAAAAAACAAUAAAGGCAAUUGAAGGUUAGGCCUACUGUUUAAAACGAGACGAGAAAUUUCACACGACAGGCAACUUUGCACCUGGCCUACUGCAAGGAUUCUUGCAAAAAGGAAACUUUUCCCCAGUCUUUUGUUUUGCCAUCUCAUUUAUUAUAUCAACGCUUUAUCAAGUCCAGCCUGAAAAGGGGACACCCAUAAAACUCAAGGAUGCUGCGAUAAUCUACCGGUAAAUUAGGGUCUGGUGUGCCUAAGACCAUCAUUUCAUAGGAUUUUGGAGUUCAUGUUUCUGCGCUGGCAAAAUUUCGCGUUCUAUGGAUUAAAAGGAACGUACAUAUGAACACUUCCUUACUUUCAAGGAGAUCAGCAUAAGGUGGAGUUUCUUCUGCUUGAUCAGCAUAAGGUGGAGUUUCUUCUGCUUGAUCAGCAGAAUAACUUUCUACAAAGCACACAAAAAACUUUCUUCUAAGUGGACUUAACUGCGAUGCAGCUUCUCUGCAAUGG